AUGCGAAUAAGAAAUGAGAAAAUUAUAAAAAAGAAAUAUAAAAAUGAUCCAAAUGAAAGUAAUGAAAAUAUAAAUUAUAAUAAUAAUGAUGAUAAUAGCACAUAUAUAGAUGAAGAAAAAAAAAAUAUGAAUAUUAUAAAAAGAAAAAGCAAAAGUAUAGAUGAGCAUCAUUAUAAAAAUGCAUAUUUAGAUUUAGAAAAUAGAAAUAUAAGUAAUUUAUAUAGAAAAAGUAAAUAUUUAGAUGAAGAAAAUUUUAGAAAUGAGUAUAGAGAUGAUGAAAAAAAGUACAAUAAUAUAUAUAGAAAAAAAAAGAGCUUAGAUGAAGAAUAUUGUAAAAAUGAAUAUAUAAUAGAUGAAAAUAAAAAUAAUUUAAAAAAUGAAUAUAAAAGAAGGAAAAGUUCUAAAGAAGGAAAAUACCACAAAGAGUUAAAGCAUUUAAGAGAAAUGGUGAAUUUAAAAGAAUCUAAUAAAUUAAGCAAUAUGAUUAAAUUAUAUGGUUAUAAUAAAAGCAAUAGCUUAACUAAAUCAAAAUCUGGGAAUAAUUCAAAUAUAAAUAACAGUUAUUCCAAUUCAAAAGAUUCGGAAUCAAAAAUACGAACAUUUAAAAUAAGAACAAUAUGGACAUUUAUACUAAUAAUUUUAUAUUUUUUAAUUUUAGCUGCAGGACACUUUUAUUGUUCUUUAUUAGUGUUAAUAUUAGUAACUAUUGUAUAUAGAGAAAUAAUAUCGUUAAAGAGUAUAGAGAAUAAAGAUAAAAGAUUACCUCAAAUAUUUUAUAUAAGAUGGUAUUGGUUUUUUUUAACUAUCAUUACAUUAGGAAUUCCAUGGAUUAUACCAAAAUUAAAACAUCAGAUAUGGUUUUUUAAUUAUUUGUUAGCAUACCAUUCAAUUAUAAUGUUUAUAUUAGCAUUCAUUGGUUUUGCUUGGUUUAUUUUAUCGUUAAGAAAAUAUUCUUUAAAAUAUCAAUUUUCUCAAAUUGGUAUUAUAUUAUUAUCCUCAUUAUUUAUAGUAACACAGUCAUUAAUGCAUAUAGCAAAUAUAUAUUCAGGAAUGAUUUGGUUUAUUGUUCCAGUAUCUUCAGUUAUAGUUAAUGAUAUAUUUGCAUAUAUAUUUGGUAUAUUAUUUGGUAAAACAAGAUUAAUUGAAUUAUCUCCUAAAAAGACAGUUGAAGGAUAUGUUGGUUCAUCUAUUAUCACAAUAUUAUGGGGUAUAUCUAUUACUUAUUUAUUACAAAAUUAUAAAUUUUUUAUAUGUCCACAAGUAUAUAUUUCAUUUAUGCCAUUUUCAACAUGGAAUACUGUUGAAUGUGAAGAAAAUUCAAUUUUUCAACAAAACGUUUAUACUUUACCUAAACAGUUAUCAUCCAUUUUAUUUAUAAAUAAAAUAUAUUAUACUAAAAUGAUUUUUCAUGGUUUAGUUUUAAGUUUAUUUGCUGCUUUCUUAGCUCCAUUUGGUGGAUUUUUCGCAUCAGGAUUCAAGAGAGCACUAAAAAUAAAAGAUUUUGGGAAAUAUAUUCCAGGCCAUGGUGGUGUCACAGAUAGAUUUGAUUGCCAAAUUUUUAUUGGAAUGUUUACAUAUAUUUAUAUGAAGACAUUUGUUAAAAAAAAAAAUAAAAUAAAUUCUUACGAUUUCCUUAUAGAUUCUAUACAAAGAUUAGAUAAUAAAGAAAUUUUACGUCUUUUUAAUCAAUUAAAAACUAUUUUAGAUAAAAAAAAAUUGUUGAAAAGCAAUCUUGAUAAUAAAAAAGAACAUGAAUUUGUUUUAAAAGAUGAUAAAUGUUUAAAUGAUAAUUUUGUUGAAUUAAAAUUCAAAGAUUCUACAUGA